CACUGACAUUCAAAUAAAGCCCCUGCCGACUUCGAGAUGUCUGCACUCCAGCGCCUGUCCGCCUUGACCUCCCUCUACAAGGAUCGGUGGGUCCCACUUCUCGUUGUCCCUUCUGCUUCCUCUUCCCGCGAUUCAAGACGUACACCCAGGUUAACUCUGCAAUGUGGGACAUGAGAGGAAACAAUCCCCCAAACAGCCCAAGAUCACCCUACCCUCAUUUUCCAGUUCCCUUCCCAAGAGCCCCCCCAGAGAUGAAUGAAUCUCGAUCGGCAUACCAGAAGUCGUAUAUGCCAUUCGGCACACCAAUAGUCCCGCCUGCCAGAAUGCACAAUACAAACCCUUACUCGUCAUAUAACACUUUUCCGCGAUCAUCUCCUCCGCGGUUCGAAUCAGGGGUGUUUCCAUCUCACAUGGGACAACGACCGUACUUGCGUAUGCCCACUCCUGAGCCAGCUCCGCUCGCCCAGUUGUCUCGUGAACAGCACCGUGAACAUCGCACUCGCACUCGCGCUCGCACAAAGUCAAACGAAACCCGUCGUGUUCACUACGCAGACAAUAUACCACCCGGGACGUCCCCUCCCGUUAAGGUUCCGACGACCCUCAAUCGUGAUGGCAGCUCACAGCAGCUGCGAAGACCCGCAACGCCUGUCCAGCCUAAGCAAUCCAAUGGUGGUCAUCGGGCGCGCGCGCAUUCAACUGGGAGUGCAGUGCCAAGACCUGUUUUGAUCCAUCCAGCACGGGAGCAGCAAGUUGCACGAGGUCACCAAUACUUUCAAUAUUCUAAAUGCACCGGGAGGAAGAAAGCGUUAUGUAUCGGAAUUAAUUAUACCGGGCAAAAGCGUCAGCUACGUGGGUGUAUCAAUGAUAUCCGCAACGUGAAGAGAUUCCUCACCACCUACCGCGGAUAUCGUGACGGAGAUAUCGUUAUGUUGAUGGACGAAACGACCAACCCUCGCCAAAUGCCCACGAGAAGAAAUAUCAUCGAUGCAAUGCGAUGGCUUGUGAAAGAUGCUAAACCCCACGACUCCCUGUUCUUCCAUUAUUCGGGACACGGGGGUCAGAUACCCGAUCACAAUGGCAGUGAGACAGAUGGCUACGAUGAAGUGAUAUACCCGGUAGAUUAUAAGACAGCAGGUGUAAUAGUCGACGAUGAGAUGAACCGUAUCAUGGUGCAAUCGCUUCCAACUGGAUGCCGCCUGACCGCUAUAUUUGAUUCAUGCCACUCCGGAACAGCGCUCGAUCUCCCGUAUAUCUAUCAUGCCGACGGCCGCCUCAGAGGUAUCCAGAUGUCCGACAGGGCAAGGGCACAAAAGGCGACAUCAGCCGAUGCAAUAUCUUUCUCAGCGUGCAGAGAUGACCAAACUAGUGCAGAUACCGUCCAGAGGGGCGUUGCUGUUGGUGCCAUGAGCUAUGCUUUCGUAACGUCUCUCUGUGAGUGGCAGGGGCUCAUACGAAAUCAGCCAGGGGUUCUGACUGCAUGUAACAAUAUCACAGCCCGGAAUCCUGUACAGAGCUAUCAAGAACUCCUAAGGUCCGUUCGGGAGAUUUUGCGGCGAUACGAACAGAAGACACAGCUAUCAAGUUCUCACCCUAUCGACACGAAUCUUCGAUUUAUACUGUGAACACUUCAAUUCAAUUCCCAUACCCGUAAAUCUACUGCGACUAAAGCUGAAGUGUUCCGACUCGUUUUUUUUUUCUGAGACAAUAAUAUACUUAUCUUACCUACUAUGCGUAAUUAGAUGAAGUGAUGUAGCAGUACUACGGGAACAUUUGUGUAUACUUGAUACUCAGUUUAUGACUGGAUGGCUUAGCGUUCGUAGUACUAAUAGCUUACAAUCACCCAAUUACUACAUAUGUAGUGUG